AUGUGUCUUUCUUGGACACGCAACUACGAAUGUGGUUGUAUCUGGGAUCUGGAUACCGACUACUGCCCAGAAGACGACUACUGCUGGGGUCGAAGAAUGAUCAUGCUAAAGUAUAACAAGAAAUGCCGAGAUUGCCGAAGAAGCUGGAGUGAGCGUCUUAGCGAUAAUGCUCAGCGAACAGAGAGAUGUUCAGUGGAAAGGCAGCAACAUCGUGAAAAUGAAAACUGCACGACAGCAGAUACAGGCUCUAGAAUGGCAGAAUCAGAUGGAGAUUCCGAGACAGAUAGUAGUGACGAAGACGACUCUGGAGACAAUGACGAAGACGGGGAGGAGGAUGAGGAAGAAGCAGUUCACAACCCCGCAAUGUAUUUUGAUGCCGAUGAUAACUGUGAUCUAACGAGAGCUUGUGAUCCAGUGGAAUUCUCUUCCAUGUGGAAAGAUUAUCGGGCUGAUCGGAAACGGAUGGAUUGGUACAUGUUGGAAGGUAAUUAA